GCGGAGGCGAGGGACGAGCGAGCCGCAGCAGGGAUGAGGGGAGACUCGUACUUCUUUGGAAUGCGAAGCCUUGGUCACUAUGGCUGCAUCCCGGAAGAUGGAGGACAGUUCUUACUCUACUCUCUAAAUGGGGACAAUGAUUUAAAGAGGUGUUUUGCAGAAGAAGACUUUCAUGAAAUAAUCGACUUCAAUGACCUCCCGAAUUCUCUCUUUGCUUGUAAUGUUCACCAGUCUGUGUUUGAAGAUGAGGACAGUAAGGAAAAAUUUGAAGGCUUGUUCCAUGCCUAUGAUGACUGCGUGACAUUCCAGCAGUUUAAAAGCUUCAGGCGCGUGCGGAUAAAUUUUAGUAGUCCCAAAUCAGCUGCUCGUGCCAGAAUAGAGCUGCAUGAAACACAGUUCAGAGGGAAGAAGUUAAAGUUGUAUUUUGCACAGAUUCAGACCUCCGAGACAGAUGGAGACAAGCUUCAUUUGGCACCACCACAGCCUGCAAAACAGUUUCUCAUCUCGCCUCCAGCCUCCCCACCUGUAGGGUGGCAACCAAUAGAUGAUGCAACACCUGUCAUCAACUACGACCUCCUUUAUGCAGUUUCUAAGCUAGGACCAGGGGAGAAAUACGAGUUGCACGCAGGAACAGAGUCCACUCCCAGUGUGGUAGUGCAUGUCUGUGACAGCGACAUGGAAGAAGACGAGGACCCAAAGAAUUCUCCAAAGCCAAAAAUCAUUCAAACCCGACGCCCUGGUCUGCCACCUCCUGUAUCUAACUGA